AUGGCUGCACAGUUGGAAGACAAAUACAAAGGGACAAUCUAUGGCAUUGAGGAAGAUGGCACUCCUUGUUUUAGGCCCCCAACCUCCUAUGCCGAGGGCCUGUCAAAGCACCCUCACUAUGUUAUCCACAUAAGAGAGGGAGGACAAAUAGUGAAUCCCGAAUCCAUCAAUCCUGAGCAAGUGACAGCUGGAUUGAUACGCGACUACGAACCCUAUGCUGAUGGUGAGGAAGAACCUGAUGACGAGGGCCCCCCAACUUUCGCUUUCGUGUACAAAGAUGGUCGAAUUCUGUUAGCUGCCAAUCAUCCACGUUGUGGCAUUAAACCGGUUAAGGCUGAGAAGAACCCGGUUGUGGAGAAGAAGCCAGCCGCCCCUGCUGCCAAGAAAAAGGCUCCAAAGAGGAAGAGUGCAACAACUGCAGGGCCAUCUGAGUCAACUCAGCUUCCCCAGAAUGUAACCGCUCUUAAUUCUCACAUCCUGGCCACUAUUUCUGGAAAGCUUGAAAGCAGCGAAUCGAUGCUUAAACGUCUGAAAGAUGAGAUGAAGAAAAAAAAGAAAGGGGGGAGGAUUUCUGUUGUUGAGGUGACACGGUUGAUGGCCAACAUCCUCGCAAAACGCUGUGAAGUGGGACUGAUUGCUGGCUGGGAUGACAAGGGUGCUGGGUUGUAUCGCGUGGAUGGGAUGGGGGUAGUGAUUAAAGGGAAUAGAUUUGCUUCCGGAUCUGGACUUCGAAUGACUUACUUCAAUAUGAGAAGUCAUGGUGGGUUUUCCCAAUGGGAUACCGAAAUGGCUGCAAAGGCAAUCAUCCAUGUUGCAAACAGGACUAGGAAAGGUCAAGUUAAAAAUUGUGAGUGGCCUCUUACUGGUGUUCAUGGUGAAGGUUUCGCGAGUUUGUAUCUUGUUGGUUCUGAAGGGUGGGAGAUUGCCGAGGAUGGUGAGAUGGAUAUCAAGAAACGCGUGAAACGUUGCGGCUUUCGUCGAUCCGGACUUCAUGGGGAGUAUGUAUUUGUUUGA